GUAAUGCGCCUUUAACGUUAGUUGCCACCCGCCAUUAACAACAACAAGAAGAAGAAGAAGAUGCGCGUGGUUUCCUCUGAAGAUAACUAGCUUCAAUUCCACUGAUCCAACUAAACACUUCCACACGAUGUCCUCUAAAGGCCGAGACAACGAGGACAGCUUUGAAUGGCAGUCUGCACUCAAGGAGGAACUAAACAAGAAGAUCAAGGAGCAGAAGGUUGUGGUGGACGAGCUCUCCAACCUGAAGAAGAACCGGAACGUUUACAUCCAACAGAGGAACAGUAACAUUUUCUUCUUGGCAGACAGAGCUCAGACACUGGGUUCAUGCAAAAAGGAACUGGAUAAUAUGAAAAAGGAGCUGCAGGACAUGUGAGACUGAUCGUCAUCUCAACCAUGUGUGGCAUCUUUUGUCUGCUGAGUCUGUCACCUGCUCACUUUGAGUGGGACAAAACAGUUUAUGAACAUUUGAAGAGAA